AUGAUUCUCACAAAUAAACAAGAAUGCAACCAAGCUGGCGAUUUCACAGUCUUGCCUGACUUCAUACAGGAAAGUUUUCCACAAUGGCAAAGAUACAGGCCAAAUGUAUCCAGCUAUACUGUUUCUAUAGCUGUUUUCCACAGAAGCUCAUCGUAUCUGUUCAUGUUUCAGAAAUAUACUCUCGCACUUCUGUUGGUGGCAGCCAUGGCGGCCUGUGUCUUGGCGGGAGGCUCUGGAGGCGGUUAUGGUGGCGGCUAUGGAGGCUAUGGUGGUGGUUAUGGCGGCGGUAGAGGAGGCGGCUAUGGUGGCGGUUAUGGCGGCGGUUAUGGCGGCGGUCGCGGAGGUUAUGGUGGGGGCUACGGAGGCGGCUAUGGCGGAGGCUACGGAGGCGGUCGCGGAGGCUAUGGUGGUGGUUAUGGCGGCGGUCGCGGAGGCGGCUAUGGCGGCGGUCGUGGAGGAGGCUAUGGCGGCGGCUACGGAUACGGGAAAUAA